AUGGAUGAGGAAUGGACACCUUUUCGCCUCGCAGAACUUUAUGAACAAAUCGCUGCUGCGAAAAGUUUUGUUAUAGACCAAACUGCACAAGCUCUUGAAGCACAACAACUCCAACAAAUACAUGCAUGUGAAGGAUUCUAUGAACCAUCAAGAUAUGCAAUGCCUCAAGUUCUCAGAACUAAUCUUCAUAAGACGUUGGAGACUUUGCAAAAUGUCCAACAAGAAGCAGAUCGAAUAGCCGCCAAAAUGAGAGCAGACAUGGUAAGAAAAGAGGAAGAGCUCCAAGAUGGUGAGACAGAUGAUGAAAGUUGGCAAGUACAAGAACAAGCCUCUGAAGAAAUACAACCAGAAUACUGUUCUGUUCCUGGAUCGAGUGCUAGUCGAUCUGCAUUGGGCAUGGGAGAUCACUCGUAUACAUCCUCAUCAUAUGCUACUAGGACCUACUGUUAUGUGCAUGCAAGCGGAAAUCUUAUGCCUUCUGAGAAGACAUCUGGUAUCUGCACAAAGAUUUUUCAAAAGUACAAUGUCGAGGAGGGUUCUUCCUGGAAGAAUAUCCCACAAUCCACAAAAGAUUUUUAUUUCAGAGAGUUUGAGAAAGAAUUUCACUGGGAUGAGGGAAGUGCUGCAAUAGUGAGGAAGGCAUGGAAUAAAAAAGCAGCUACCCGAUACAAAGACUUUCUGACAAAUGAAAAGAAGAAAAAAAAGAGGAGUGCUUAUAUAUCAAUUGAAGUUUGUGAUAAAUGGAAUUUAGAUUGGAGUACUCCAGAGUAUGUAGCAAAGUCAAUGAAGUACUCAAAGAACCGCUUAACAGAGAAGGGAGGUGAAGGAGCUGGUCCUUCUACACAUACAGGUGGGUCCAUAACACAUGAGGAGCAUGCUAGACGCAUACAAAAUGCUAACACAGACAAAGUUCCUCCAACAGCAGCUGAGUUGUUUCUCCACACCCAUACAAAGAAGAGUGAUCGCAACAAAUUUGUUGAUAAACGAGCUGAAAUUGUUUAUGAAAAUUAUUUGAAGCUAAAAGAACAACAUUCAAGCCAGAAUAUGGGAUCAGAUCAUGUGGAAGGAGAUGGAGGAACUAUUAAUGAGGAUCAAUUGUUCAUUACUGCAGCAGGAGGAUGGCAAGGAAGUCGAGUUUAUGGUUUAGGUAGUGCUGCCUCUUUUGCCUUCUCUCAAAUAGGAACUGUGGGAAAAACAACAAAUGUUCCAUCAUCCCAAUCACCAGAAUGGAAGAAGGAAAUUGAAGCAAAGUUUGAAGAGAAGUAUAAUAGUUUGCAGAAACUUGUACUAGACCAAAAUCAGAUAAUAGCUCAAAUGCGUGAUGAACUACAGGCAAGGAGGAUGGGACAACAGUCUUCCUCAUUGAUGCCAUCAACAUCUGAUAUGCCUCCAGCUCAAAGAUCCCCUGGUGAUUCACAUAUAGAUUAGCAUGAUAUCAUUUCUCACUGACUUUAAUAAUAUAUUUUAUGAUAUGAAUUUGAUACUAUUUGGAUUAAUUAUGUAUUUUGAGAUAUUUUAAGUUU